CACACACCUAGCUACACCACACACACUUCUGUUUACAACUUCAGUGACAGAACUCAGCACUUCCAAGCUGAAGGGCAACAUGAAGAGCUUUGACAAGUCACUGGAGAUAGAAACAGAGGAGGAAGAUAAUGUCCAGAAGCAAGAAAAUAACUCCGAAGCAUCCCAUAAUAUAACGCCACUUCUGCUGGACUCAUGGAAGCCGUACAAGGGAACCCGUGCAAAUGUGAAAGAGCAGCUGUUAAAACUGAGAGAUUGUUUGGAAAGUGUCUGUGGGAUUCAGUGGUAUGGAUUCGCCGCUAUGGGCAUUUUGGCAGCUGUCCUAAGUUUCCUCAUGGACUUCAGUGUAGCGAAGCUGCUACGAGCUCAUCUGUGGCUUUAUGAGAAGCUGGAAGGCCACAUUCUGUUGCAGUUCCUCUGCUGGACACUAUACCCAGCAUGCAUCUGUGCUUUUGCCUCAACUUUCUCCCACAACAUCUGUCCCUUCUCCACAGGCUCCGGUAUACCAGAGGUGAGAACCAUGCUGUCUGGCAUUGAACUGCCUCAUUACUUGUCUCUCACUAAUAUGUUCACUAAGUUUCUGGGUCUUACCUGCACACUGGCUGCAGGCAGCACUGUUUCCCUUGGCAAAGUUGGUCCAUUUGUGCAUCUUUCCACCAUGUUAGGAGCCUAUUUGGACAGGCUUUGCAGACUCGUGCAAGGCAAAAAGAAGCAGGCAGGAACAGAGAUGAUGGUUGUAGCUGCUGCGGUUGGAGUAGCAAGCUGUUUUGGAGCGCCCAUCAGCGGUGUGCUGUUCAGCGUGGAGGUGAUGAGCUCUCACUUUGCCCUGAGGCAUUACUGCCCAUGUUUCUUCUCAGCUGCCUGCGGGGCUCUGACCUUCCACCUGCUGUCAAUAUGGAGCAGAGAUGGAGAGACUCUUCAGGCGUUGUUCAAAACCAAUUUCCCCACCGCUUCACCUUUCUUCCCACUGGAGAUCCUGCUGUUUGCUUUACUGGGGCUGCUGUGCGGAGCUGUGAGCUGCUGCUACCUCUUCUGCCACCGCUGGAUCCUAAAGUUCACCAAAACAAAUCGGGUCUUCUCUACGAUGCUGACAACAGAGAAGGGUCUGUACUCUGGUCUUGUUGUUUUCUUCCUGGCAUCGCUGACGUUUCCCCACUCUGCAGGUCAAUACCUGGCCUCUAAGUGCACCACAAAGCAGCUCCUCACUUCCCUCCUGGACAGCAGACAAUGGAGCUCUCAGUCCCACAAUGCAUCUGUGCGACUGGAGCUGGAGACGCUGGAGUGGGGCUCGUCAGGCGCCCUCAUUUUCCUGUCCUUGGCUUUCUUUCUGCUCAUGAAGAUGUGGAUGUUGGUCCUGGCCUGCACGCUGCCUCUGCCAGCGGGAUACUUCAUGCCUGUGUUUGCCUGUGGUGCAACUAUGGGUCGUCUGUUUGGUGAGGGAGUUGCCUACAUUAGCACCGGUAGAGAUGUUUCAGGACAACAGUGGACAUCUGUAAAUCCUGGAGGCUAUGCUCUUGCAGGUGCAGCUGCCUUCUCUGGUGCUGUCACCCACACUCUGUCCCCGGCCCUGCUGGCCGUGGAGUUAACAGGGCAGUUCACCCACGCUCUCCCUGUCCUCCUGUCCACUCUGCUGGCCAACGCCCUGGCACGCGCUAGGAACCGCCCGUCUUUCUACGAUGGCCUUUCUAUCAGUAAGAAGCUCCCGCACCUGCCCUCGUUGAAGAAGGCGUGUCCACAGCUUCCGUCCACACCACUGGGGCAGGUUAUGGGGGUGAAAUCAGUGCAGCUUCAGAAAGCAGCUGGGCCAGCAGAGGUUCAGUCUGCUGUCAGCAACAGCAGUGAAGCACGAAUCCCUGUGGUGGACACACACGAGUCGCAGGUUUUUCUGGGCUCCGUUCUGCGGUCGGAGCUGCUGCUGUUCCUGCAUCGCUGUCAGACUCAGCGCAUGGAGGGACGACUGGACGAGGUAUGCAGCAUCCAUCCAAACUCAGUCGUGGUGUCGCCUCACAACACAGUGCAGGAGGCCUACAACAUGCUGAGCGUUUCUCCAGCUCAGACCAUAUUUGUGGCUGAGAGAGGAAAGCUGGUGGGACAGAUCACAUGGUCAGAGAUGAAACUAAUUUUGGAAGGUUUGGCCAAAGAAAUCUAAGCAGCGUCAACAUGGGAUCAUCACUUCCUGUCAUAAAAUGGUCUCCUGAUAAAACCUCUCAGGGCUUAAAAGCUGUGGUGACUCACCAACCUUGUGAGCUGGUGGACGGCUGCUCCACGUUGUCGCUCAUGGACCACAUGCUCAUCGCCGCCUCGGCCAGGGCGAACUGUUCCGCCACGCCUGGGAAACAAAAACAUAAACAUGUUUUCUAUCGGUUUUCUCAUGAGUCACCCCCAUCGUCGUUUCUCAAAAGGUCUAAGAGACGUCACAAAUUAGAGAAAAUUCAAUAAGCGCAGUAGAUUUAAGCCACUGUCCUUGGGAGCCGUUAGGGUUAUUGAUCUUUGUGGCCUGGGGUAAUCAAACAGAGACAAUGCCAGAGAGGUCAGAGCCCCCAUUUCCCCCCAUCCCCCUGCCACCACCA